AUGGCCCAUUAUAACAACAAAACCGAUGGAACGACCAUCGUAUCCGACUUCAGCUCCCAAGUAGCUGGCCGCACAUUCCUGAUCACCGGUCCCAGCGCUGGCGGCAUCGGGGCCGAAACAGCCCUCACCCUCGCCCGUGCCCACCCCUCUACACUCCUCCUCCUGGGACGCUCACUCCCCAAAAUCCAACCGAUCAUUGACGAAAUCCACACCAUCUCACCCUCCACAGUCACAAAAUUCAUUCCCGUCUCCCUGGACUCGCUAUCCAGCGUCCGCAGCGCAGCCACGGCAAUCUUAUCAGACUCCAGCGUCCCCAAAAUCGACGUAGUGAUCAACAAUGCAGCCAUUAUGGCAUGCCCAUAUGGCCUGAGCCAGGACGGAUAUGAGCUUCAAUUCGCCACAAACCACCUAUCCCAUUUCCUACUCACGAACCUGCUGAUGCCGAAAAUCCUCGCCGCUGGCCCGGGAGCGAGGAUCGUGAAUGUGUCCAGCACCGGCCAUUUACUCCACGAUGUCAACUGGGAGUCUCUAGAUUUCAACGGCGGCAAAGACUACCAGCCCUUUGAUUCUUACGGACAGGCCAAGACUGCCAAUAUCCUCUUUACCGUGGGGCUCAACAAACGACUUAGUGCUCGUGCGGGAGGGGAGGAUAUCAAGAGCUUUGCCCUGCACCCGGGAAGCAUAGUGAGUGGGUUGCAGAAACACAUGACGCCUGAAAUUAGGGACGACGCGAUAGCGCGGUUGCUGGCGACAGGGGUGGCGCUACCGGAGAUGAAGACAUUGCAGCAGGGUUGUUCUACCACGUUGAGGGCGGCGCUGGAUUUGGGGUUGCAGGAGAAGGAGGGCAGUGUUUAUUUGAGCCAUUGCCAAAUCGUCACGGAUCCGAUAAACGUAAAGGCUUAUGCCAUUGAUAAGGAGAAGGCAGAGAGGCUGUGGAAGUUGAGCGAGGAGAUGGUCGGGGAGAAGUUUGAGUUUUAG